CAGUGUCAAGGUUUAUGAACAAUUUCAAAAUGUUAAGAAUUGCGAAAAUUGAAAGAAUUAAUUAAUUUAGAAAUAAAGAUGUUGAUAAUUAAAUACAAACCAUGGAAAAAUUACAACUGACUCUAGCUAUAAUCAAGCCGCAUGCCGUGAAAAAUCCAGUCGCGGUUUCAUAUAUAAGAAAUGUUAUAAAAAAUAGAUUUGUGGUGGUGAGGACGAGAAGGGUUAUUCUUGAUGCAAAUGAAGCGGGCGAUUUUUACCAGGAGCAUGAAGGAAAAUUCUUUUUUAAUCGUUUAGUAACUUUCAUGGCUAGUGGAUGUAUAGAUUUGCAUGUCAUAGCUCACAAAAACGCCAUAGACUUAUGGAGAAGAAUGCUGGGACCCACCAAAGUAUAUAAAGCACAAUUUCAAGAACCCUACAGCUUGCGUGGAAUGUUUGGGAUAUCUGACACAAGAAAUGUAGCUCAUGGAUCAGAUUCAACAGUAUCAGCAGAACGGGAGAUCAAAUUCUUCUUUCCUGAUUUUUCAUUUUACGAAUGGCAUAACAACGACGAAUUACGAUACAGAAAGGGACCAAUUAUAUUUAACAAAUACCUCUUCCAACAUGUUAGAAAAUUGUAGUUUAUUUUAUAACUGAGUAGUACAGAGUUAUUUUAUUUCAGUCAUGUGAUAAUUUACCAUUGUUUAAAUAUUAUAGAAAUAUAAUUUCUACUGAAAAUUUUGUUUUCGAUAUUAUUAGCAGAGUUCUGUCUUUGUAAAUUUAGAGAAAUAAUUUUGUUUCUCACUUGUCAAUUUAACAUUGGACACUCACUUAAUAUUUUUAAUCUUUUGGUGCGAAUGGCUUUCGUUACAACGUCAAGUGUCAGAAUGAAUAGUGAGGGGACAUAAACGUCGACAUUUUAGUAAGGCUAGUGUUGAGUCAAUACACUUGCUCAGUUUACAGAUUUUCUUCCUAACAAUAUAAAGGUGUAAAAAAGUGAAGACAAAUUUAUGAGUGUUAUCAAGAAAUGCGAUGUUUUAAAACUUUCCUAACCAUCUAAUUUCAUA